GGUACGAUAUCUGUGAAAGCUGUGCUCUCUUCGCUUUUCCUUGCCUUCCCUUCCGUUUUGGGGCAAGAGCUAAGGACCGAGCUAGAUACGUUAGUUACCCCACGGGCCUAGAAACAUCCACUUUGAGAAUGAUUAUAUUAUGUCAUGCAAUAAUGCCUUGCUCUGCCUCAGCUCGUCGGAUUCUUCAAAGUCAUCGAAUCAUCAAAUCAUCUUUUCCAUCGUUGCCAUUUUUUCCAUUUCUUCCAUCUUUUCCAUCUUUGCCAUCUUUUCCAUCUUUUCCCUACCCGCUACUCGACACUCCUCUUAUCACCCAGGAAAAUUAUGGGAAAAAAUAGCCUUUAGUCCGCUAUGAUCUUCACACUAUCUCCUUUUCUUCCUAGUGAUCCAAGCUACACGUCAACUAAUGCAAGGUCCAGAUGAAGCUGGAUGAAUCUAAGGACGUUCGUCAACUAUCGCUCCAAUUAUUUCACAUUCUCAUUCGGUCAUCGUUCUCUUUCCCUCUUAUUUCUCAAGGACAUGCUUGAAGUAGAGCGGAAGCCAAGCAGCCAUACCAUAGCAAGAAUAUCCUUCGUUUUCCCUUAAUAUAGCUUGGACCUAAAAUAUUUCUCUCUCUCCAUAUCUUUCAAUCUCUACUUCUGUAUUCUCUUCAUCCUUCUUUUCAUUCAUCUUCUACUUCUCUCGGUCUUGAUCGCCUUCGUUUCUGGUAGUCAUCAGUUCAAUUGCAUUAGGAUCAUCACUGCAACCUUCUUUCAAUAUCAUAAUCUUAAUAAUUCACAACGAAACCACCGUCAUCCCCUGGUACACAAGAUGGAUCAACAACCUACCUUUAGAGGCCAUGCACCUCAAACUUCCAAUGUCACAACACCAAGACCUGGAACACCUGAGAGCAGAAAUCCAUUCGGUGGUGACGAUAGCAUCCUUCCUUCUCCAUCCCAAGAAAGAGUAGCCAAUCCUUUCGCUUCCCCAUUCGCUUCAAGACCUGCCUCGACUUUCGGUGCAUCGUCUUCGGUAGGAAGGACAUAUGGUACACGAUACUUUCAUUCGAGAAGAGUAAAGAAGGGAGAAGUUGAUCAGCCAUGGAAAGCCAACAAAGAUCCAAAGGAAAAAUGGGUUACAAUCAUUCCAAUCCUUGGCAUGCUCAUCGGUUUGGGAAUUGCCGGGUUCUUGAUUUAUGAUGGAAUAGCUUCAGUUACCCAUCACAAAUACUGUCCUGUUAUGAGUGAUGAUUUCUCAAGUGGCACACUCAAUACCGAUAUUUGGACUCAGGAAGCAGAAGUUGGGGGCUUUGGUAACGGAGAGUUUGAACAAACUACACUCGACGAUGAAAAUGUAUUCAUCAAGGAUGGAAAGCUCAUUAUCAGACCCACAUUACAAGAUGCCAAACUCAUCGAAUCAAACACGGUUAUCAACCUCACAUCUGAUGGAACUUGCUCAUCUGAUGUUCUCACCAACUGUGUUUCAGUCACCAAUACUACCGCCGGUACAAUCAUUCAACCUGUCAAAUCUGGAAGAAUCAAUACUAAGAAAGGUGCAACUAUUAAAUAUGGACGUGUUGAAGUAACUGCCAAGUUGCCUGCUGGUGAUUGGUUAUGGCCCGCGAUUUGGCUGUUGCCCGUUGACAACACUUAUGGAGCUUGGCCUGCAUCUGGAGAAAUUGAUAUUGUUGAAUCCCGAGGAAACAACCAUACCUAUGCACAAGGAGGAAAUAACAUCAUCUCAUCUACUCUUCAUUGGGGACCUGAUUCUGCCAAUGAUGGUUAUUGGAGAACAAAUGUCAAGCGCACUGCACUCCAUACCACCUAUUCUGAUGGAUUCCAUACAUAUGGUCUUGAAUGGUCCGAAAAAUACCUUUACACCUACAUCGACUCUAAAUUACUCCAAGUACUUUACAAUACAUUCAGUGAACCACUUUGGCAACGUGGUGAUUUCCCUGAUUCCAACAGCAAUGGAACUAGAAUUACAGAUGUUUGGUCUCAAACCGGUCGUUACAACACACCUUUCGAUACGAGAUUUUACCUCAUUCUUAAUGUUGCAGUCGGUGGUACCAAUGGAUGGUUUGCUGAUGGAAAGAGUGGAAAGCCUUGGAUUGAUGCUUCUGCUACUGCCAAGAAUGAUUUCUGGAAUGCCAGAGAUACUUGGUAUCCUACUUGGACUGCCAAUGAUAAUCAAGGUCAGAUGGAGGUUAAGAAAGUAGAAAUCUGGCAACAAUGUGAUGGAAAUGAGGACCUUUAAGUCUUUCACGUUGAAGGAGGGACUAGAUUGUUGUUAUGAAUAGUUAUAGAAUAUAACUGGCGCAAGGGGGUAUAUCGUCUUGAUUAAAGCGGUAAAGAGAUUCGGAUGGGAUUUAGACGGUCAAAUUCUUUCUUACCUUCUCUUUCGAAUAUUUUUCAUUUGGGGUAGAUUAAUAGUAUAAUUGUUAUUUAAUUAAUUUGAAAGAAAGUUCAUUUAAUUUGUCGUUUGUGUGUA